GUUAAUUAUAUUAUUUUUAUUUAUGUACACUAUACAAUUUUUUUAUUUUAAAUUAAAAAAAAAAAGAUUCAAUUUAAAAAGAAAUAAUAGGAAAAAAUGUUAAAUAAUUUAGGAAAAAUAACCAUUAAAGGUAAAAAAAACAAUAAAAAAACUACAAAUAUGAAAAGCAACAAUUCAGUGUUAAAAUCGGAAUCCAGUGAGCUAUUAUCUUAUAUGAUAAGUAAAGAAAACUGUGGCAUUAGUUUGUACACACAUAUUCAAACAUUAUUAGAUAUGUUUAUAUUUCAAAAUCCUAUACAGCCAAUAACAUAUUUUGAAUACUACAGUGAAAAUAUUAAGAUGUUAUAUCAGAAAACACAACCAGAUCCUGAUUUGAAUUUUUUCAAUAACAUUGACAUUGACAUCUUUAACAAAAUAUUAGAAAUAUAUAAAGAUACUAUGUUUAAUGUGAGAGAACAUAAAAUUAGUAGUAUAUCAUAUGAGUAUGAAGUUGAAGCAGAAUAUGAUGAUACACAACAUAAUGAAGACGUGAAUGAGAUUAAUGUACAAGACUUAUCAAAAAUCAACUACAUGUUUAAUAAAGCAGGAUGUGGCUUAACAAAUGAUGAAGCUCACCUUAUUGGGAUAACUAUGGACCAAAUGUCACAACUCGAAAAGUUUAAAAGUAUUAGAUAUUGGGGUAAAAUAAUAGGCUUAAAACGUAACUAUUACAUUUUGGAAUGUGAUUGGAAAAAUAAAGAAUUGGAAUACAAACUUAGACUCUUAAAUUUAGUUUUUAAUACUAACAAAAAUAAAGUACAACAUGAAUAUGAUGAUGAAAAUGAAAACGAAAAUCAAGAAGAUGUAGAAUUAGAAAAAUAUAUUUUAUCUGAAGAAGAAAAUGGAUUUUUUUCCAAAACUACAUUAUCUGCUCCAAUUAAAAAAAAUAUUAACGAAGAAUCAGAGUAUUUAUUCGAUUCUAUAAAAUCGGAAGUGUGUUCCCUUCUACCCACAGAACUCGAUAAUGAUGAUUAUUUAUCCCAUGAAAUAUUUGGUUUCGGAGCUAAUAAAAAGUCAUACUUUGUUACAAAUCAAUUAAACGAUUCAUGGAUCGAACUGCCACUUCUCAAGCCUCAUCAUAUUAUUCAAUCGCGGAAUAUCAAACGAUACUUUACAGGAAAUUUAGAGUCCCCUGUUGAAUCUUAUCCAUUAUUCCAAGGUUUGGAAAAACAUUAUCUCAGAGCUCAAAUUGCAAGGAUAACAGCUGCAACUCAAAUAUCACCACGUGAUUAUUUUGUACUCAACUAUAAUUCAAAUUUAUAUAAAUGGAGGAAAUUAAACACUUUCCAAACGAAAGCGAUGUCACACAAAUGGAUCCACGAGUACAUAGUGAACGCAGACUACAAUCCUUUAUCGGUAUACGAUUUACUUGAACCGAACAACUGGGUACAUCACACUCCCUUGAUUUCGGAAAAAGGAGUGACCAAAGCAUGGAGUAAUAUUAUAGAGUCAGAAGGAGACUUACAACAAAACUCGGAGAAGAUUGAACUUAAUUGCAAGAUUAAGGUAAACUCAGAAAUGGGAAGAGGAGACGGUGACUAUUUAGAUAUUUUUGGAGACCUGUCACACGACGCUUAUGCGGAUGAAAUGCCGCCAUGGAAAUUCGAAUUAACCAAUCGAUUUGACCAUACGAUCACUUACGCGACCGUCCGGUCCAAUCUUUGGCCUGGGGCGUAUGCAGUUGCGCGUGAAAACCUUCUGGAUUACACAUAUCACGGUUGGGGCCUCAAAUGGAACGCCUUUAGUUUCACGGUCCAGCCGUUGAGUGGAUAUCAGCCGUCCGAUCCCUAUAGAUUUGAUUCCGGCAUGACCGCUGAGAUUAAAGAUCCGACUCGCGAUGACGAACUGAGGUAUCUCGCAAUAGUUAAUAAGAGGAAGGAGGAUCGAGCUCGUAUGAAAAUUGGAGUUCUGCAACCGUUUUCUGCAGCAGACGAGGACGAAGAAAGAAUCCUCAAUCAACAUGACUACGAUUGAUGCCGGUAAUGUGUAUCAUUGUUAUAUUCGUAUCACUAUUGUUAUAUCAUAUUAUAUUAUUCUUGUGUAAUGUUACACAAUAUACUUACCUACAGUAUCUA